AUGGAUUUUCUCGGGAGCUACAUACCCCCAUCACCAACAAAGUUCACCCCAAGAGCUAAUGGGAACAAGUUUGAUGAUCUUCCGGCACUGCGAGCUCCUUGCAAUGAGGAGCAGUUGCAGAACAUGAUGAGCGGCAACUAUGAAGAGGUGCGCAAAAUUCGUAGCUGUUUAGAGAAGAAAAAGGCAACCGUGAAGUUUAUCGCGCCCUUGAGUGAGGAAGGUGAUUCACUGCAGUCGGUUAAGCUCACUCCAAGAGUCGCUAGGACCCUAAAUGACAAUCCCAGGACUCCGCCGCCUCACUCUACACUUUCAUCGGACCCUGAGAAGAAGUUAGACAAGUCAGACAAGAAGCGCUCACAGCAGCGCAAACGGGAGAAGGCGAGCAGCAAUUACUUUGGGUUCAGCUUUAGGCGCAGCAUAUCCCAACCCGACAUCGACCCGUAA